GCCGGGCUAUAAAAGCGUUCGGUUAAUUGGCCAAAAGCAUCAGUCGUUGACAAAGCAACCAACCAAACAAUCAACAUGCAAUUCCUCAUCUGCUUGGCUCUCUGCGUGGCUGUGGCUCAGGCCGGCUACCUGGCCUCACCUGUCGCCACUUACGCUGCUGCUCCAGUUGCCACCUAUGCUGCAGCUGCCCCCGUUACGACCUACGCGGCGGCGGCUCCUCUGACCACCUAUGCCCGCACCUACUCCGCUGCUGCUCCCUUGGCUACCUACACCCGUGCUGUUGCUCCUGUGACCACCUACUCCGCCGCUGUGCCCGCUGCCUACUCCGCCUACUCCGCCUACUCUGCCCCCGUCUACGGCGCUCCGGUCUACACUGCGCCAGUGGCCACCUAUGCUGCUCCAGCCGUGGUCAGCACCCUGCUGAAGAAGAAAUAAAUGCUAGACUUUCCCUUUCCCCCGUCAACUGAUCCGAUUUUGAAUAUAUC